AUGCAGAUGGCUAGAUGGGAUCAGAUUUUCUCCCUACCUGUGCAAAAUCCAACCUUGCCAGAGUUUUCUUCUGCCGAUCUUGUUUGGUCCAAGGUUGAAGGUUACGCGAGGGUUGAUGAUUUCGUAAGAGGCGAAUCCGCUAAUAAAGAUUGUCCUACGAGUUUCCAUGUUGAAGCUAGACUACGUAAAACCAAAGAGAAGAAAUGUAAGCCAAAGGUAGAUGGCAUCUUGGAGUAUAUUAUGUAUUGGUGUUCCGAAAAAGAACAACGCAGGCCGACCUAA